AUGCUUCAGAAAGCACUUCGCAAGCAGGAAGAAAAUGCGUUGAGCGUCAUUGAACGCUCAAUCGAAAGAGUGAUGCUAGGAGUAUCCCGCUUCACGCAAGUGAUGGACGGGAUUCGAAGUUCUGUCCCACAUCAGCGAUCAAGGAUCAGAGACGCCGCAUUUGCCAAGUACAGCAAAAUAAGGUGGGCCGGACGUGUGAUGCGCUUCAGUGACAACCGUUGCACCAAAGCAGUGAGCGACUUGGUUCUACGCGAUAUUAAGCGCACUACAGAAAGACCGCCGACCCGAUGGUCAGACUUCUUCACAAAGUCCUUGAAAGAAAAAUUCGAUGCUCUUCGUGUUCCACGCGAAAGGAGAAACCAUUGGGCGACUCUGACAUGCGAGCGGGACAAAUGGAAGGACUACUGGCGCCCGCUCGACCAAUUCGAAGAAGACCGAGAGUUAGGGAGAUCAACAGACGGCGUUCUUUCUUUGGAAAUCAGUUGGAACGCGCCACCCUUGUGCACGCGUCGCAUCUGCAAGCGAGCGGCCAAGAAUCAAUGA